UGCUCCCCUACACUGUCACCAGAAGCUAUCCACCUAUGGUUCUAAUUCAGUAAGUCCAACUCUCUCACCCCCUUUUGUUGUCUCAGCUGUGUGGGCUUUCCCAGGAUGGCAUGGGAUGGGACCCUUGUGCCAUGCAUAUUGUAAAGGAAAAUGCCUCCCUCCAUGCGCUACAAAACAGCACAUUUAUGAUGGCACUUUGAAAAGAUAUGGGCUGUGGUGUCACAUAUUGACAAUUCCUUGGCCAGAAGCUUAACAGUGCCAGCAGUGCCAGAAGAUUAAGAAGACAGCAAAAACAGAAAAGGGAGAAGAUGGUGAAGUAGCUAUAUAACAUGAGCGAGAAUGCUCCUGAUUACAAAGCAGAGAAAUUGACUUUUUUUUCUUAGUGUUUUCUAUAGUCAUUGCUCUAUCCCUGUUCUAGAAUUCAUGUCAUGAUAAGAAUUUCUUCAUGUUGACUUCCUGCAUUGCUUUCAGACAUUGCAAUUAAAGAAUGCGAAGAAAGAACCUCACAGAGGUAACAGAGUUUGUUUUCCUGGGAUUCUCCAGAUUCCACAAACAUCAGAUCACUCUCUUUGUGGUUUUUCUCAUCCUGUACACAUUAACUGUGGCUGGCAAUGCCAUCAUCACGACCAUCAUCUGCAUUGACCGUCACCUCUACACCCCCAUGUACUUCUUCCUGAGCAUGCUGGCUAGCUCAAAGACAGUGUACACACUGGUCAUCAUUCCACAGAUGCUCUCCAGCUUCGUAACCCAGACCCAGCCAAUCUCCCUAGCAGGUUGUACCACCCAAAUGUUCUUCUUUGUUACCUUGGCCAUCAACAAUUGCUUCUUGCUCACAGUGAUGGGCUAUGACCACUAUAUGGCGAUCUGCAAUCCCUUGAGAUACAGGGUCAUUACGAGCAAGAGGGUGUGUGUCCAGCUGGUGUGUGGAGCCUUUAGCCUUGGCCUGGCCAUGGCAGCUGUCCAGGUAACAUCCAUAUUUACCUUACCUUUUUGUCACAUGGUGGUUGGUCAUUUCUUCUGUGACAUCCUCCCUGUCAUGAAACUCUCCUGUAUUAAUACCACUAUCAAUGAGAUAAUCAAUUUUGUUGUCAGGUUAUUUGUCAUCCUGGUCCCCAUGGGUCUGGUCUUCAUCUCCUAUGUCCUCAUCAUCUCCACUGUCCUCAAGAUUGCCUCAGCUGAGGGUUAGAAGAAGACCUUUGCCACCUGUGCCUUCCACCUCACUGUGGUCAUUGUCCAUUAUGGCUGUGCUUCCAUUGCCUACCUCAUGCCCAAGUCAGAAAACUCUAUAGAACAAGACCUCCUUCUCUCAGUGACCUAAACCAUCAUUACUCCCCCGCUGAACCCUGUUGUUUACAGCCUAAGGAACAAGGAGGUCAAGGAUGCCCUAUGCAGGGCCAUGGGCAGAAAUAUUUCUUAAUGCAUUAUUCCUCUAUAUAAAUAUACAUUUAGUCAUAGAAAUGUGUGUCCUUACUUACAUUAAACAACCUUAUGACUCUGUCCCAUGCAGUCUAUGCUGCAAUGGAAUGUGCAUGUCUUGCUUUGGUAUAUUUACUACAAAAUCUUAGUCUUUGUUUCCAUAUAUUUCAAAGUUUUGUCCAGGCAUUUUCAACUAGGGAUGUGAGAGGUCAAGGAGAAUGGGCAUGAUUUUUAGGAAAGAACAUCCAAAUUUCUAGGAUG